CACCCUCCUCUGGACACCCAUCUGCAGGAGGACCACGGUGCAGCAAUGAGACUCGGACCAUGUCCGGCCACCCGGCAUGGCACAGGGAUGCUGGACAUUGGGAUGCUGAUGCCAGCCACACUGCUCCUUCUCCUCCUCCUCCUCCUCAGCCCCAGUGGCACCAGCUCGGAGCCCGCACUGCUGCCAUUCCCAGAGAUCCGCCUCUCCAACGGGCCCAGCCGGUGCCAGGGCCGAGUGGAGAUCUUCUACAACGGCUCCUGGGGGACGGUGUGCGAUGACGACUGGGACCUCGUGGAUGCCAACGUCGUGUGUCGCCAGCUGGGCUGCGGCCGCGCCGUCACCCUCCCUCCUGCCAUGGCCUUCGGCCAAGGGAGCGGACCCAUCUUCCUGGACAACGUGGACUGCAAGGGCCGGGAGGUGGCCUUGAGCGAGUGCUGGAGCCAUGGAUGGGGCAUCCACAACUGCUAUCACUAUGAGGAUGUGGCUGUUGUAUGCAAUGAGCUGUCACCCACACAAGCCAGCGAAGGACCAACAAGCAGGACCCUCACAGCCUCAGUGCAGGAUGGGGAAAGGGACGGCAGCAUCCGCCUGGUGAGCGGGACCGACUCCUGCCAGGGCCGGGUGGAGAUCUUCUACCGCGGGAGCUGGGGCACCGUGUGUGACGAUGACUGGGGCCUGAGCGAUGCCAGCGUGGUCUGCAAGCAGCUGGGAUGUGGCCAAGCCCUGGAUUACAAGAGCAAUGCCUAUUUCGGCUAUGGCACGGGGCUCAUCCUGCUGGACAACGUCAACUGCGACGGCAGCGAGCCCUUCCUGUCUGCCUGCUACAGCCUCGGAUGGGGCAUCCAUAACUGCGGACACCACGAGGAUGCUGGGGUCAUCUGUGCAGGGCUGGACACGUCCACCAUCACGUCCUUCACCACCUCGGGGACCCUGGACUAUGAGGAGACGUUCACUGCUACGGUCACAGGUAGGAGACAGCCACCCUGCUCAUCCUUGGGCCAUAGCCAGGGGCUUGCUGGAGGGGGGACUGUGUCUCCCAUGUCCUCCUGUGACCCAGCACAGUCACCCUGGGUCCUGCUGCAUGCAGGAGAGCUGCGGGGUGACACUGACCAUGGCAGGAGCUUGCCAUGGAGCUGUUGCGGUGAUAGAGGCCAUUGGCACCAAAGCAGAGGGGCAGUGGGUGCUGGGUCUGGACCCGCUCAGCACCCACCUGUGCCCGUGCUUGUCCCAGCAGUGACAGAGAGCAGGGACCAGCCCUCCGAGGCCACCGAGGUGCUCAGCACCGCUCUCCUCACCAUCGAGCCGGAAAGCACCGGGGUGCGUCUGUCGAGCGGGAACGGGAGCUGCCGCGGGCGGGUGGAGGUGCGGCACCGCGGCACAUGGGGCACGGUGUGCGACGACGACUGGGACUUCCCGGACGCGGCCGUGGUGUGCAGGCAGCUGGGCUGCGGCCCCGCGCUCGCCGCCACCGUGCUCGGCUCCUUCGGGUACGGCAGCGGGCCCGUGCUGCUGGACAAUGUGGGCUGCGGCGGCGGAGAGGAGAGGCUCCAGGACUGCUUCCACCUGGGCUGGGGGCAGCACAACUGCGGGCACCAUGAGGAUGCCGGAGUCAUCUGUCAGGAUCCUGAUGAUGCUGGAGACCAUUCCCAAGAAGCCACCACUACAACCACCAUGCUGACCUCAACUCGUCCCAAGGAUGGGUCCCUGCGCCUGGUGAACGGCAGCCACCGGUGCGAGGGGCGCGUGGAGCUGUUCCUGCUCUCGCAGUGGGGCACGGUGUGCGACGACGCCUGGGACCUGCGCGACGCCGGGGUCGUGUGCCGGCAGCUGGGCUGCGGGAGCGCCGUGGCGGCCUGGGGCGAGGCGCGGUACGGGCAGGGCACCGGGUACAUCUUCCUCGACAACCUCAAGUGCAAGGGGCACGAGGCCUCGCUGCUGCGCUGCUCGCACAUCCGCUGGGACGUCCACAACUGCGACCACUCCGAGGAUGCCGGUGCUGCCUGCAGCAUCCGGUGAGCGGGAGCAGCACGGAGCAGUGAUGCAGGGGCUGGAUCUCGCACCAUCUGCAACCCCAUCCCGCUUUGCUGCUGCCCAAUAUUUCUCCCUCGUGCCCAUUCCACCUCCUAUUUCUUCUGCUGAGAUUUCCCUUCAGCACAGCCAGUCUCUGCCUCAUUUUCCUAUGAUGAAAACCCAUAGGGAAAACCCUAAAUCCCCUCCCAGCACAAGGAUGCUGAACCCAGCCCCUUCCCCAGCAUCACACCUUUGUGGUAAGGGCUGUAUCCCUCCCAGCUCAGGUGGAAGGACCCAUCCUGCAGCCCCAUCACUGCGUGUGAUGUCUGAUGGACACCAGCAAAAUGACCUUCCUGAUUCCAUGGAUGGGGUGCGAGGGUGGGAAUGCCUCAUGCAGAGGCAGGGAGCGGAUCCCAGCUGCUCCCUCUGCCGUGCUGGCUCC